AUGAUUAGCAGAUCUCAAUUAAUUUUAUUCAAAAAUUUAUUUAAACAAAAACAACAACUUCAACACAAGUUUUCAAGUCAAUUAAAAUUUAAUAAAGAUGUAUUAAACAAAAGAGGAAUAAAUUCAACAAAUAAUUCAAAAAUUAAUUUUGAUGAUGCUAAAUUAAUAUUUACAAAAGAUUCAAAAUUUGCUUCCAUUGAAUUGUUUCAAAAAGGUUCAACUAAUUCAAAAAAUGAGAAAAAUACUUUUCGAAUACCUUUGGUUUGGUUACGCGAUCAUUGCCGUAAUUCAAAUUCUUAUAAUUGGGAUACAAAUCAACGAAAGGCUAAUUGUACAGAUUUGUUUGGGAAAGCUGUUUUGGCUGAAGAUUGUUAUCCAAUCCAUUUUGAUGUUCAAACACAAAAAUUAAAAAUUAAUUGGGCUGAUGGAGAAGAAAGUGUUUUUGUUGUUAAUGAAUUGCUUAAAUGGGGAUUGUUUUCUGAAAAGCAAUACACACAAGAAUGUAUUGAUGUUGAUUUGGAUGAUGAUGAUGGAGUGGGUAAAAGUUCAUGUCCUUCGAGAACUUUGUGGAGAGGAGAAAGUUUAAAAGAGGUUCCGUCGCUUUCUAGCAUAAAUUUUGACUUCUCAACCUUUGCUCGUCUUUUUAUUCGUUUUGGAGUUGUUUGUGUAACUGGGGUAGAAGCACAUGACAGAGGGAAAGCAACACAAAAAUUGUGUGAAAAAAUAGCCCCAAUGCACAAUACUUUUUUUGGUGAUUUUUGGCAUUUUGGGACAGAUAAUGAACUUGGAAUGGCUACUUUUGAUGACACGGCAUAUGGGAGUGAGGAAAUUGGACCUCAUUCUGAUGGAACUUAUUUUGAUCAACCACCAGGAAUACAAGUUUUCCAUUGUCUAAAACCAGCAUUAAAAGGCGGCCAAACAAUAUUGGUUGAUGGAUUUUCUGCCGCAGAAAUAUUAAAAUUUGAGAAUUUAAAUCAUUUUCAUAUUUUGGCCAAUUUUGCUUUAGAGCAUCAUUAUGUGGAUAAAGAGAAUUUGCAUGCAAGAUGUGUUAGAGAGCCAGUAAUUAAAUUGUUUCCAAGAGUUGAAAAAGUGGUGCAAAUUAGAUACAAUCCAUAUGAUCGAGCUCCAAUGAAAACCUUGCGAAUAAAUAAAGAGGAAAGAUUGAAUGAAGAAAUGGAGGAAAAUGUUUCAAAAUCAUUAGAAGAAACUGUUUUAUUCUACGAAGCAUAUCAACGCUUUGCUCGAAUUUUAAAUGAACCUGGACAACAAGUACAAAUUAUGUUAAAACCUGGAAAUGUUCUUUUUAUUGAUAAUUUUCGAAUUCUACAUGGGAGAAAGGCUUUUCAGGGAGAACGUGCAAUGUGUGGUUGUUAUUUAUCUAGAGAUUGUUUUCUUGCAAAAGCUAGGCCUUUACUUUCGCCUGAAUUUUAUCAAAAUGUUUAA